UCGAACGCCGCUGCUACAUCCUUGGACACUGCUGGAAACGGCAGCCUGCUCGCGACACCUGUUGCACGAGUACACACGGCUUCACCUCUUGUGCAUCUAGCACAAUCCCAGGGGAAAGUCCUCUACGCUCUACCGUGUGCAUAGCCGUCACCUUUGCUCUGCUUGCUCCAUGUAAACUAAGACGUCAAGCUUCUCUCGCCGAACUGUACUCGCUUUAGCUUUGGAUGACCCUCUUCCAUUCUUUGCGGCGAUGGAGCUCCAGAAUCUGUUGGGUAAGGUCGGUCAGAGUAUCUUCCACCUUGCGGUACUGCCCCAAGCCAAGGACCGACGCAGCCAGACGUGUGUCAACAAACUCCAGUGGCGCCUCUCCAGGCGUGGUCCGGCGCGGUGGCGAGCCCUCGGAUCUGACUCGGCUUCCGAGCUCGGGAAACCUAUGGAUGAGGAAAUCUGCAAUUGCUGCACUCGAUGGCAUUGUCCCUGCGGAUAUCACAAAUCGCUUGUUACCGGCCUGCGGCACAAACGCGGAUUCCACGCAGGCAUAAACCAGAUCCUUUGGAGUCCUGAUGUUAGCAUUCACCAUCGAGAAUGUAGACUGUGACAUGUUCGACUUACUCUGACAUCUGCGAAGUAGUCUAUUCCGUAGGGAGGUGAAGUCAUGCGUUCGCUCGAGUCAUUGCUGCAAAUGUUCCAUAUCCUCCGGUUUGCUUCUUGCAAGUCGGAGGAAUUCUCCAGGGGCCGUAUUGAUGGACCGUAGACGCUAGGUGCGGUGAGAUAGACGAGAUCAAACCUGGCUCGGUUGUCCCUCAUCCACGUUGACAAAGCAUCGUAGACAAUGUUAUCGCUGGCUUGACUGGUCGCGAGAACAUACUCCGAGUCAAUGCUUGCUGCCCGAGAGUGGUUCGGAGUGCCGGCAAAGGGACUUCUUGCCACCUGGGGAUCAACCAGCCAGCGAGCAAAGGGCGAUAGUGAAGUUGCAAAAACUACCCUCUGGGCUUGAGGGGCGGAUUGGCUGACAAGCUUGAGAAAGUUGGUCAAGGACUCGGAUUCCAAGUUGAUGAAUCGAGCAAGGCAGUCGGCUUCGUCCGAAGGAUCCGCAGUCACCGUGUGGAUGACUGUAUCGAAAGGGUCCCGAUCGUCCCUCAGAGACUGUUGGAAGGCAUUCGGUCGAGUGAGUUGAUGGUGAGUGGAUCCGACUACGGCCCGGACGGAUACAUUGUAAGAUAGUAGUUGGCGGAGGAUAUGCGACCCUAUAAGGCUGUGUGCGCCGGUCACGAGGAUUCUUCGUCUUGCCAUGAUCCGAAAGCCCGAGGGAGGAGUGGUGUUUGCCGACAGCAGCGGGCAGAUGUUGAGAGAUGUGGUGUAAGUGAGAUGGGAUGACAGGUGAAGGAAGGAGGGGUUAAGAUUCGGUGCAAGUAUAUGUAAGGCAAGUACACAGCUGCAUGUGUGUACCAGAAGUCACGUUUCCAGGCACGAGAUAUAUAACUCCAGGUGUAGCCAGGUAAAGUAGGCUAAACGAAGUUCCACGAUAGGAAGAUGGUCUGCAGACUUUUUUUUCAUUUGCACAGGGAGCUGCACAAGCCUGGGCGCGGGUCGUGAGGUGCAGGCCGUACCAUAGU